AUGCGCCGCGCGCACCUGGCCUCUCAAUGUCUCGAGUGCCAGCAACAGAUCCUGCCUGGGGAUGAGAUUUACCCCGUUGAAGGUCGCCUAGGCCUGAAGCGCAGCUCCCUUUGCUGGCUUCACCUGCCGUGUGCACAGCGCUUGGGCCCUCCUCCUGUGCCGCUGUGCAAGCACUUCGUACGCUCCGGAUGCUGCCUCUAUGGUGAAGACUGCUUCUUUGCUCAUCCUCCGGAGGCUGGCCAGGAGGCGCUCCGGAGACAACGAUCUCGAGCACAGCGUCCAAACACCAAGAUUGCAAAUCGAGGUGAAGGAAGGCGGAAUGGGGUGAAGAACUACAGCAAAGCAUCGGUAUUGCGAAGGUGGCUUCUGGACUCUUUCGGGGUGCAGUGCUUGCGUGCCGGCAGCGGCGUUUUGGAUGUUGCCGGCGGGAAGGGCGAGCUGGCCUGGGAGCUGGUAAAUCUGAAUCUCAUUCCUGCAGUUGUACUGGAGCCAAGACUGCUGGAGCUCCAGUCCGUUGAGCGCAAAUGGCGCAACGGUAUAUUCUGGCGCAACCCAAUUUUUCACAGCCAUCUCCACUGUGCCCACGACCCUUCAAUCGAACCUUGUCGACCGGGACACCUGCGCUUGAUCAUCACGCCUGCACUGGUCACUUGGCUUAGUUGUCUGCACGGUCACUGGGGCGAAGCUAAUGACGGCCUCGACAGCUUGGGCAACCUGGGGAACUUGAGUGCCUUCGAGCACGCUCGUGAGCGAGCCCAAGAUCUUCGCUGGACAAGGAAAGGGCUCCAAACACACGAGGAAGACGAUGAAGCUGUUGGGGAGCACCCAGCCGAGAUGGAGGAUGACGCCAUCCUGGAAGCUGGCGUGACAGAUGGGUCGAAAGAUUCAGAAGCGUGGGCAGCGCAUGAGGAGGAUCUUGAAUGUGGACGGCUCGCAGCGGAAGCCAAGGAGAGCAUUCUCAACUGCAGCGCCGUCGUGGCUCUGCACCCGGACCAAGCAGCGGAGCCGGCCCUUCGCUUGGCACUUGCCUUGCGAAAGCCCUGUGCCAUCGUGCCCUGCUGCGUCUACUCGGCAGAAUUUCCGAAGCGCAAGCUGCGCAGCGGCCGGGCGGUCAGGACUUACGAGGAGCUUCUGGAAUACCUGCAACAGCUGGAUGAGCGCAUUCAGCGAGUGGAUUUGGACUUCGAGGGAAAACGCACGCUGCUUUUCAUUACGCCAGAGGAUGCACUGCGAGAACAGCCUUCGGCCACGGCGCCACCUUCCGACGAAAGCCAAGAAGACAUCGAAGAAAAAGCACUCAUCGUGCAAGAGCGGCUGCUUUCGGUCGAGUACGCCUCUGCUUGCCGGCCUGCGGCCUGUGCGGGACAUUGUGUGAUUCUGCACCGCAGUGAAACAUGGCUGAAGAAGCCGCUUCACCGCCAGCAGAGAAUGAAACAACGGAGACGGUGUCGCCGCUGGUGGCUGCAGUUAGGCGUACUGAGCAAGUUGGCAGCAGAGGUGCAGAACUGCUCCUCUGUACAGUCUUGUGGCCUUGGAAAGCUCUUUCUCUUCACGGGUGCCUUAACAUCGCCUGGGUACGAUCUGAAAGCAACUGUUGACCGGGUCGUGUUCAGCUACCAUUCCAAGCUUGAGGAAAAAGUGAAAUCGUUGCAGCGGAAGCACAUCUUGGCCGUGCUGCAUCGGCACCGCUCCGUUUUGGCCAAGGCCUCUGCUCUGUCAGAGUCUCAAAUUGUUUUGCGCAGCCGAGAUUUCACCAUAGGUGUCCAUGCGGACCAGGAGAGUGCUUCCGGUGCGUGGCGUGGACAGAUCCGGGCCUGGCAAGCUUUUGCUGAAACCCAAGCUCACGGUUUCCUGCUCGACCAGGAGCGACACUUUACCGGAGCUGUCUUUGCGAGGUUUUUGGACUUGUACUGGGCCAGCUCUUCGGAGAAAGAUGGUGAGUUUUGGCUCGACUACGGUUACUUGAUCCCACAGGACACUCGCAGAAAAGUUCCAUCGGAAUCCUUCGCAUGGUCUCGUAUCGAUGAGGUGCUGCAGAAGAAGUUGGUGAUUUUCACGCAGCCGCCUGGCUACUGGGACUCCCUGGAGGCUCUGGCGCAGGCUGUGCCAAAAAGCCCCUGGACCGUGUGGGUGGACUUUGACUUGACAAUCUCGCCCUGUUGCUUCGACAGUUUCUCCUUCACGCAGCUCAUUGUGCGCCAGAGCAGCGGUGACCUGCCACACGUUGUCUUCCGCGAUUCCCCCCGGGAGGAUUACCACCACCACUGCGCGAAUGCGGGCUUCAUCGUGGUCCGCAACACUUCCGUGGGCCGGCUUUUCGUGGAGCUUGCAAGGGAAAAAAGGCGCUGGCCUCGGCUUCCGUACGGUUACCAGGCGGCCGUGGCCGAGUCGUUGCUGGAACUCUUAGGCAUCGAGACCGCAGUUCUCCGUGGUGGUCCUCCCAGCUAUUCGUCUCAGUGCUUACCUCAUCUUGUACUGGGAAAGCCCCUAGGUGAUACAAGCUACGCAAACUAUUGCAUGUGCUGGCGUCAGCAGCUGGAUCGGCUAGUGGGUGAAGGACGUGAUGGGAGUCGCUGGGUCCAGUUCCUACGCCCCAGAGAGGGUCCUGAAGUGGGCCUCCUUCUCGCGAGCUUGUUUCUCUACCGCGGAUCGCUGUCCAGAAAGAAGCCUCGGGGUGCUGGCUAUUUGCCAUUGCAUACUUGGUCGAGAGCGAAGCACAGGAGAUACGUUGAGGCUUGGGUACCUCCCGAGUUCAAAUAUGGAGGACCCUGCGCACUCCUGCCGCUUAUACUGCACUGGGCGUCGCUGCCCCACAGGCCAGCGCUGAUCUACGACUUCUUGAACUCUCGGUUUCCGAAGUCCAUGCCCUUGGACAUUCUCGUGAAUGGCACAGCACAUGACUUGGCAAUUGUUUAUCGAGCUGCGGCACAAGAAGGCCGAGCAAGUUGGCAUUCGUUUCUCAAACGCCACGCCAACAUCGCAGAUUCCUGGCGGAUGGCUUCGCAGCAUGAUGGACCCAUUCACAAGAAGCUUGACGAUGCCGCCUGCAAUCUGGGUUCAUGGCGCUUGUGGCUGUUCGGUGGCUACACAGACUCCACUCGUUCAACUGAUCUGGCAUGA